AUGGCAUCCCUCGACAGCCCUGACUACUAUGAAGUCGCCUGGAUCGCUGCUCUUCCCAUCGAGCGGGCCGCUGCAGAAGCGAUGUUAGAUGAGGAACAUGCAGCUCCAACCGGCUUCACUAGACACUCAACCGACGCGAAUGUUUACACGUGGGGUCGUGUGGGACACCACAAUAUCGUCAUCGCCUCUCUGACUUCUGGGGUCUACGGACUCACGUCAGCUGCGACCACGGCCUCGAGCAUGCUUGCCUCUUUGCCAUCCAUUCGUGUUGGCCUUUUGGUCGGCAUAGGUGGUGGUAUUCCUCGACCGGAUGAGGACCACGAUAUCCGCCUAGGCGACGUUGUCGUGAGCCAGCCCUCUGGGACAAUGGGCGGGGUUUGCCAGUACGACUUGUUCAAGGCAAAGUCUGGCGAUAAGCGUGAGCGUAAAGGCUUCCUCGGCCGGCCUCCGACGGUCCUUCUCAAUGCGCUUAGUAGAAUCCAGGCCUACCACGAGCGGAAAGACUCUAGGAUUCCCUGCUUGCUUCAAGAAAUGCUAGAGAAGAACCCGAAGAUGCGCAAGAAAUCUAAACAAAAUCCUGGCUAUACUCAUCAGGGCUUUGAGAAUGACCGCCUCUUUAAAGCUUCAUGCGACCACAUCCUAGGUUCGGAUUGUCGAGACUGCGGUACGGCUGACGAAAUUGAACGCGAGACUCGAGACAAUACCGACCCUGAAAUUCACUACGGGACUAUCGCAUCCGGAAAUACGCUUGUUAAAGAUGCUGCUGCGCGCGAUCGGAUAGUUGCUGAUAUCGGCGAGGAUUGCAUCUGCUUUGAGAUGGAAGCAGCCGGCUUGAUGAACCACUUUCCUUGUCUUGUGAUCCGAGGGAUCUGCGACUAUGCCGAUGCUCAUAAGAACGAUCGAUGGCAGCGCUACGCCUCAGCCACUGCGGCUGCGUAUGCUAAGGAGCUUCUGGCGUACGUGCCGGCCGCGGAGGUCCAAGAGACUAAAAGGGCACUGGAAGUGCUUCAGUCAGUUAAACAAGAUAUUGAUGGCCUACAACAGACGGCCGUUGCGACGAAAGCUGCAACUGAUUCUAUCAGGUCUGAUCUCCGUACAGAGAAUAUCAGGCGCUGGCUUUGUCCCGCAGACCCGUCUACUAAUGCCAAUCAAGCGAGAAAGCUACGACAUGAGGGGACAGGCUCGUGGCUCCUCCAAAACCAUGGUUUUAAGUCGUGGCAUUCGGGGUCGAGUCGGCAUUUAUGGCUACACGGGUUUGCAGGAUGUGGAAAGACGGUUCUUAGCACAACUGUGCUGGAUCAUCUCGCGGAGGGAAGCGAAGGUCUUAUCCUCAGCUUCUUCUUUGACUUUGGAGACUCCACAAAGCAAACAUGGGAUGGCAUGCUGCGGUCGCUCGCCUUUCAAAUCUACGAACGCGGGGUCGGCUGUGAUCUUGAUGCUAUAUUCGAAGCACAUCAAAAUACAGGCAAUCAACCUUCAACAAAAACACUAUCGGACAUUGUUUCCAAGAUGCUCUCAGCACAGAGAAAGGCUUUUAUUGUUCUAGACGCAUUGGAUGAAUCAACAACAAGGAACGAUGUCAUUAUAUGGAUCAGCAGCAUGCUAUCUAAUCCAGACCUUUCCCACAUCCAGCUUCUUUAUACCAGUCGACCUGAAUCUGAAUUUCAGCGCCAUGUUCCUUCUUUGAUAGGAGAAGAAAACUGCCUACCUCUGCUGAACCAGGAUGUCAAUUCUGAUAUCCGAUCGUGGGUAACAGCAGAACUUUCCCAACGACGAGACUUUACAGAGAAGCCAUUAUCCCAAGACCUUCUCCAGGAGAUCCAGACAAAGAUUGGAGACGGGGCCGAUGGAAUGUUCCGGUGGGCAUUCUGUCAAUUAGAGAGCUUGGCUCGAUGUCAUCAUGAGGCAGCUAUGGAGGAGGCCCUCCUAUCUUUGCCAGAAACUCUGAAUGAGACAUACCGUCGCAUGAUCGCAAGCAUACCGACAAAUCUAAAAAGUGACGCGAUACGCCUGCUACAAUUCUUAGUGCACUCUCAGCAACCUCUCAGGGUUACGGACGCCAUUGAAAUAAUAGCGACCCAGGUUCAAAAUGAGUCACAAGGAUUUAAUAUCAAGCGUCGACUGUUUUGCAAGAAUGAUGUUAUGGAUUACUGUCCUGGCUUGGUAAUCAUUCACGAUGACAGAAAAGAGCUACACCUUGCCCACUUUUCCGUGAAAGAGUAUCUUAUCAAGGAGGAUCAUUUCGACAUUACGACUACCAGUAUUUCCAUCACGAGGACGUGCAUGACUUAUCUGACCGAUAUCACGGGUAGCCACCAAGGAAUCAAGCGGGACUUUCCGAUGGCAAAGUGGGCAGCAAAACUUUUGACGGGCCAUAUUUCAUUGGCUCAGGCUUCCAAAGAUAUGGUUCGGAUGACAGUCAGAUUCCUGGAAAAAGAAGCUACAUUUCAACGGUGGGGUCGUUUAUAUCAGGCUGAUAUGGAGCGGGUUCCUGACCCCGGUCCUCCGCGAGGAUCCCGACUUUACUAUGUUUCUUUCCUUGGACUGUUUAAUAUAGCACACGAUCUGAUUGGCAAGGGAGCAGAGAUCAACGCGCAGGGGGGCUACUACAGUAAUGCUCUCCAGGCCGCCUCAUAUAAAGGCUAUCAAGAGAUUGUCAAACUUCUUUUAAACAACAGAGCGGAGAUCAACGCGCAAGGCGGCUACUACGGCAACGCUCUCCAGGCAGCCUCAGCUUACGGCCAUCAAAAGAUUGUCAAACUUCUCUUAGAGAACGGAGCGGAGAUCAACGCAGAGGGGGGCUACUACGGCAACGCUCUUCAGGCCGCCUCAUAUAAAGGCUAUCAAGAGAUUGUCAAACUUCUUUUAAACAACGGAGCGGAGAUCAACGCGCAAGGCGGCUACUACGGCAACGCUCUCCAGGCAGCCUCAUCUAAAGGCUAUCAAGAGAUUGUCAAACUUCUCUUAGACAGCGGAGCGGAGAUCAACGCGCAGGGCGGCUGCUACGGGAACGCUCUCCAGGCAGCCUCAGCUUAUAGCUAUCAAGAGAUUAUCAAACUUCUCUUAGAUAACGGAGCAAGGAUCAACGCUCAAGGCGGCUACUACGGCAACGCUCUCCAGGCCGCGUUAGAUAGAGGCCAUCAAGAGAUUGUCAAACUUCUCUUAGACAACGGAGCGGAGAUCAACGCGCAAGGCGGCUACUACGGCAACGCUCUUCAGGCCGCCUCAUAUAAAGGCUAUCAAGAGAUUGUCAAACUUCUCUUAGACAACGGAGCAGAGAUCAACGCGCAGGGCGGCGAGUACGCCAACGCUCUCCAGGCCGCCUUAGUCAACGGCAAUCAAGAGAUUAUCAAACUUCUCUUAGACAACGAAGCAGAGAUCAACGCGCAGGGGGGCUACUACAGUAAUGCUCUCCAGGCCGCCUCAUAUAAAGGCUAUCAAGAGAUUGUCAAACUUCUUUUAAACAACGGAGCGGAGAUCAACGCGCAAGGCGGCUACUACGGCAACGCUCUCCAGGCAGCCUCAGCUUACGGCCAUCAAAAGAUUGUCAAACUUCUCUUAGACAACGGAGCAGAGAUCAACGCACAGGGCGGCGAGCACGGCAACGCUCUCCAGGCCGCCUCAGCUAACGGCCAUCAAGAAAUUGUCAAACUUCUCCUAGACAACAGAGCGAAGAUCAACGCGCAAGGCGGCUACUACGGCAACGCUCUCCAGGCAGCCUCAUCUAAAGGCUAUCAAGAGAUUGUCAAACUUCUCUUAGACAGCGGAGCGGAGAUCAACGCGCAGGGCGGCUGCUACGGGAACGCUCUCCAGGCAGCCUCAGCUUAUAGCUAUCAAGAGAUUAUCAAACUUCUCUUAGAUAACGGAGCAAGGAUCAACGCUCAAGGCGGCUACUACGGCAACGCUCUCCAGGCCGCGUUAGAUAGAGGCCAUCAAGAGAUUGUCAAACUUCUCUUAGACAACGGAGCGGAGAUCAACGCGCAAGGCGGCUACUACGGCAACGCUCUUCAGGCCGCCUCAUAUAAAGGCUAUCAAGAGAUUGUCAAACUUCUCUUAGACAACGGAGCAGAGAUCAACGCGCAGGGCGGCGAGUACGCCAACGCUCUCCAGGCCGCCUUAGUCAACGGCAAUCAAGAGAUUAUCAAACUUCUCUUAGACAACGAAGCAGAGAUCAACGCGCAGGGGGGCUACUACAGUAAUGCUCUCCAGGCCGCCUCAUAUAAAGGCUAUCAAGAGAUUGUCAAACUUCUUUUAAACAACGGAGCGGAGAUCAACGCGCAAGGCGGCUACUACGGCAACGCUCUCCAGGCAGCCUCAGCUUACGGCCAUCAAAAGAUUGUCAAACUUCUCUUAGACAACGGAGCAGAGAUCAACGCACAGGGCGGCGAGCACGGCAACGCUCUCCAGGCCGCCUCAGCUAACGGCCAUCAAGAAAUUGUCAAACUUCUCCUAGACAACAGAGCGAAGAUCAAGGCGCAAGACGGCCAAUACGGCUACGCUCUCCAGGCCGCCUCAUCUAAAGGCUAUCCAAAGAUUAUCGAACUUCUCUUAAAGAAUGGAGCGGAGAUCAACGCGCAAGGCGGCCUCUACGGCAACGCUCUCCAGGCGGCCUCAGUCAACGACAAUCAGGGAAUUAUCAAACUUCUCUUAGAUAACGGAGCGGAGAUCAACGCGCAGGGCGGCUACUACAGUAAUGCUCUCCAGGCCGCGUUAGAUAGAGGCCAUCAAGAGAACAUUAAACUUCUUAUAGACAACGGAGCGGAGAUCAACGCACAGGGGGGCUACUACGGCAACGUUCUUCAGGCCGCCUCAUCUAAAGGCUAUCAAGAAAUUGUCAAAAUUCUCUUAGACAACGGAGCUGAGAUCAACGCGCAGGGCGGCGAGCACGGCAACUCUCUCCAGGCCGCCUCGGCUAACGGCUAUCAAGAGAUUGUCAAACUUCUCUUAGACAACGGAGCGGAGAUCAACGCGCAGGGCGGCGAGCACGGCAACUCUCUCCAGGCCGCCUCAGCUUACGGCCAUCAAGAGAUUAUCAAACUUCUCUUAGAUAACGGAGCGGAGAUCAACGCAGAGGGGGGCUACUACGGCAACGCUCUCCAGGCCGCCUCAUCCGAAGGCUAUCAAGAGAUUAUCAAAAUACUCUUAGACAACGGAGCGGAGAUCAACGCGCAGGGCGGCUACUACGGCAACGCUCUCCAGGUCGCCUCAGCUUACCGCCAUCAAGAGAUUAUCAAACUUCUCUUAGAUAACGGAGCGGAGAUCAACGCAGAGGGGGGCUACUACGGCAACGCUCUUCAGGCCGCCUCAUAUAAAGGCUAUCAAGAGAUUGUCGAACUUCUCUUAGACAACGGAGGGGAGAUCAACGCGCAGGGCGGCGAGCACGGCAACGCUCUCCAGGCCGCCUCAGUUUACGGCCAUCAAGAGAUUAUCAAAAUACUCUUAGACAACGGAGCGGAGAUCAACGCGCAGGGCGGCUACUACGGCAACGUUCUUCAGGCCGCCUCAUCUAAAGGCUAUCAAGAAAUUGUCAAACUUCUCUUAGACAACGGAGCGGAGAUCAACGCACAGGGGGGCUACUACGGCAACGCUCUCCAGGCCGCCUCAUCUAAAGGCUAUCAAGAGAUUGUCGAACUUCUCUUAGACAAUGGAGCGGAGAUCAACGCGCAAGAUAGCCAAUACGGCAACGCUCUCCAGGCCGCCUCAGCUUACGGCCAUCAAGAGAUUAUCAAAAGACUCUUAGACAACGGAGCGGAGAUCAACGCGCAAGGCGGCCACUACGGCAACGCUCUCCAGGUCGCCUCAGCUUACGGCCAUCAAGAGAUUAUCAAAAUACUCUUAAAGAACGGAGCGGAGAUCAACGCACAGGGGGGCUACUACGGCAACGCUCUCCAGGCCGCCUCAUCUAAAGGCUAUCAAGAGAUUGUCAAACUUCUCUUAGACAACGGAGCGGAGAUCAACGCGCAAGGCGGCCGCUUCGGCGAUGCUCUCCAGGCCGCCUCAUUCACAGGCUAUCAAGAGAUUAUUGACAUACUCCAGAGAAAGGGCACUAUUACACAUUCUUCAAAGCGGUCGAGCUCUGAGACACCAACCAACCCAGUGAAGGAACCUUCUCUAAUGGAACUUGAACACUCUGGCCAAGUUCUUCACUUCGUCCAGUAA